AUGUCUGACAUUGAAGAAACCCCCCAGGAUAUCCAAGUCGAGGAGACCGAGGUGGCUCCUGCUGCCGGCGGCAGCAUGAGCAUCGAGGAUGCUCUCCAGCAGGUCUUGAAGAAGGCGCUUAUCCACGAUGGUCUUGCGCGCGGCCUGCGUGAAGUGUCGAAGGCGCUUGACCGCCGCCAGGCGCACCUCUGUGUGCUUUGCGAGACCGUCAACGAGGCUGAGUACCUCAAGCUCGUCGAGGCGCUCUGCAAGCAGUACGACAUCAACCUUCUCAAGGUGUCGGACCCCAAGACGCUCGGUGCUUGGGCUGGCCUUGCGAAGAUCGAUCGUGAGGGCAACCCCCGCAAGGUCGUCGGCUGCUCUUGCGUUGUCGUGCGCGACUAUGGUGAGGACUCGGAGGGCCUCAACGUGCUCCUCGAGUACUUCAAGAGCCAGCGUGCCUAA